AUGGCUUCAAGUGAGACUCACUCCGCUUCAACCACGUUAGAUGAUAUAAUUAACGAGCUAAAGCUUACAUAUGAUUCCUCAGUUGGUGUGCUAGAUGGGGACUCUAUAAGGAGCAUUCCUAGCGUAAAUAUACUAUUGAAUUUGAGUAAGCUUUUGACUAAACUUUCUAAAGAUUUGGUUGAAGUCGAGCAAGCUGAUUCUGAGAUUUUGAAGAAAAUUAGCAAGAAUCUCGGACUAGGCGAUGAAGAUGAUGGUAAAAUUGACGAAGUAGAUAUAGAUGAUGAGCAUCAAACAACAAAAGAUGAUCGCUUGCGAACCUCAAGUCAAAAUGCUGCCGAUGAAGAUGAUGAAGCAGUUACAUUGUCAAAAAGACGGAAACUUAAUACUCUGGUCAAAAUCAAAGAAGAGGAGGAAUACGAGAAUGAGGGUGAUGAUAAGAAUGAACAGGAGGGAGAGACUAAUAAUAAAGUACAUGAUGAAAUUGAAAAACAGGAUGACUCUAAUGAGCAUGUGAAUUCCAAGGAUGAUCCCACUCCACCGGUGCAAAUAGGUUCAUAUACUCAAGAUAAUGACACUAGAUUAAAAAAUCCUAAGUCUGAGUUUGUAACAUCCCAAACAUUACCUGUCGAAGCAAUUGCAGAAUUAGGAUUGUUCUCGGAGGAUAACAGUGGUUUGGAAACCCAUGGAAAGGAAUAUCUUAAGAAAAAAUAUGGAGUUGCUUCAUAUCCAGAGCGUGAUCUAUUAGAUAUGUUACCAGGUAAAAUCCCUGAUACCGAUUUUUCGAAGAAUAAACCACCAACUAAUCAAGUUCAAUUUACCACAUAUCAAUCAUACAUUGAAUCAUUCUUCAGAGUCUUCCUGAACGACGAUAUCAAAUUUUUGAAUGAAAAAAAUGUAAUUCCACCAGGACUUGAUAAGCAAAGUUAUGACCCUAAUGUUACACCAUAUAUUACUCCUAAGUUGGGACCUUUCUAUGCUGACGUAUGGGCUGAAGAGGAUGCAAGUUUAGGUUCAAAAUUGAAUUCUCCAGCAUUUCAACAACCAUCGAUAGAUUCAUUCAAACCUAAAGGUUCGAUCGAUAAUUUGGAUGAUGAUAACCUUUAUACUGAGGAAGUUUCUUGCGGGCCGCUUUCGAAUCGGUUGUUAUCAGCCAUAUUAAGUACUCAUGAAGGUCGUUCCAUAGAAGAAGAGGACGAAAACAAUGAAGAAGAAAAUCCUUUUGAGGAAGAUGUUGCUACACAAUUGAAUACCGGCGAAGAUUAUAAAUUGACGACAGAAGUAAGUGAUUUUCAUUCUAUUGAAGAAAGACUUAAGCGGGAAUUGAAUUACAUAGGAAUAUUUAUGAACUUACCAAAUUCUGAAGAAGAAGCUAAGAAUAAACUUCAAAUUAGUGGCCGUUCCAUAAAGAAGGCUAAUGGCAGUAUUAUAGAUUCAGACGAGUGGAUUAAGAAUAAGGAAGAUGACGAAGUUUGUGCGGAAAUCAGGUCAUUACAGAAGGAAUUGAAGGAAGCUUCUGUUAAAAAUAGGAAGAAUAAAAAGAAAUUAAUUCCAAUAGUAGAAGAACAAAUUGCAUGGCAAGAAUAUUGUACUAUAUUAGAUGACUUAGAUAAACAAGUUGAUCAAGCAUACAUGAAGAGACUUAAAGCUAAAAAUAAGAAAAAGAAAGUGGAAACUGCAACUCCUCAACAACAAGCUGUAAAUAGUGGUUUAAGAGCAUUAUUGGAUAAAAGAAAAAGAUGGAUUGAUAAUAUAGGAAGGCUUUUUAAGGCAUCUGAAAUAAUGAAAAGAGUCCCGAGCGAAUCUGUAUUGCAAGGAGAAAGUGAAAUCGACGAAGAAGGAGACGAUGAAGAAAAUGUUGAUGCUGAAGAAGCUAUAAUACAGAAAUGA